GCGGCUGCACCGUUGAGUUUGGGGACACAAAUCCAUGAAGAACUCUUUUUUUUAUCAUUACCCAAUUACUGUCAUCAAAUCAUUUUUUCUUUCACCCCCUCCGUGCAUUUGCCACCACCAUGAACAUGUCUAUUUUCCUCAGAGCUGCCUUGAAGACAAAAAAUAUUACAUUACUAUGUAACCUGGUGGCUAAUGGUAAUGUCAUGUAGUAAUAUUGUUGGGUGAACUUUUACUGUUUCAACAGUUAAAUGUAGGCACACCUGUAUUCAUAGGCAGUCAAGCAGAGAUGAUAGACUUGAGCAGGGCCGCAACCUGAUCUGUGUAAACAAGAUGCCUAAAGAAAGACGGUCUAUUCAGGCAAGACGCAUGACUGAAACUUGACACAUGUGACGUCACCGGCUUUUAAAAGGGAAGAAAAUGGCGGCCGCAUCGUCAAGUUUGGGGACACAGUUCCGUGAAGAAUUGUCCUGCGGCAUUUGCCUGGAGCUGUUCACCACGCCCAAGGUGCUGCCCUGUCAGCACACCUUCUGUCAGGACUGUCUAGAGGGCCAUGCAGGUUGGGAAGAGACCUUCCAGUGUCCAAACUGUCGUUGGCAUGUCAUACUGCCACCCGAGGGGGUCGCAGGUUUGCCAGACAACCACCUGGUUACAAGUUUGUGUGAGAGACUGCAAAACCAGGCUACACUGUCAGAGGAAACAAGGGAGUCUGGAAACAGGUGCAGCUUUCACCCCUCUGAAGAAGUCAAACUCUACUGUAAACAGUGCAACAUGCCAGUUUGUAAUGAGUGUUUGGAUGAAAUACACAGUAAUCAUAGAACCAUAACAUUGAAGAAGGCCUCAGAAGAAAGGAGGGCUCCAGUUCAGGCACUUAUUGUUGAGGGCAGGACCAUCUUAGAGACUUACUGUACUUCUCUUAGGAGUCUGAGGGACAGAGAAAAAGCACUAGAUGAAAAGAAGCAAGAGUUAGACAACAGCAUCAUUCAGACCUACGAACAAGAAGUGCAGAAAGUUACUGAAAAGAAAGACCAUCUUUUGCUUCAAGUGGAAGAAAAAUACAAGGACGAAAAAGAAGCUUUGCAAGAGGAAAGGGACAGAGUGUUGGCAGAUGUUAAUGAACUGUCUGCUGCCUGUGAUCGAGCAGAACAUGAAAUGGAGCAGGGAGGAGUAGAAUCUCUUGGUCAGGAAGCCAUUUUGACAGGGGUGGUAGGAAAGUACAGAGGAAAAGCAGCACCAACUCCUGCACAAACCCAGCCUGCUGUAGUUCAGCCCUCAGAUACCGUGAGGACUGUUGCAUGGCUUCUCUUGUUUGCAGCCUUGUUAUUAUAUAGCCCGUCAUAUUGGGUGUAUAAUGCAACAUUUGAACAACAGUCAGUCCCCAAAACUGUCCCCAAAACUGUCCCCAGAACUGUCCCCAAAACUGUCCCCAAAACAAUAACUUUUGGUGGAUUUGGAACAGGACAAUUUAACCUUCCAAGUGGGGUUGCUGUGUCAGAUGAAGGGGAGAUCUUUGUAGCAGACCGAUUGAACCAGAGGGUCCAAGUCUUCACUCUGCAGGGUGAAGACUUGGACCAACAGUUCCCAACAGUCGUGUCAGGUGAACAGAAGAUGUGCCCAUAUGAUGUGGCCCUGGACGGGGAGGGGAACCUGUGGGUGGUGGGGGACAGACACUCUGCUGAUGUUGCUCUGCAGUACAACAAACAGGGCAGGGUGCUGAAAGAGUUCAACCUGCAGGAGACAUUGUGGGACAGAGGAGUUGCUGUGGACACUAGGAGGAACCACAUCCUCAUCAUACAAACCAAUGGAAACUGGAGCAACCCACAAGGUGAAGUGCAAGUGUUCAGGCCAGAUGGAACACUUGUGAGAACUGUGGGUCAGCAGCAGGGGAUGAAGGUACCACGGUACAUCACUGUGGACGGGGAAGGGAACAUUCUUGUGUCAGACUGGGACAAUGACAGUGUCUAUGUGUACAACGAGGACGGACAGUUUCUGUUCCAGUUUGGAGGUGAGGGGAGUGGUGAAGGUCAGCUGAAGUAUCCCCGUGGCAUCUGUACAGACGGGGAAGGAAACAUCAUCGUGGCAGACAGGGGAAACAGCCGUGUGGAGAUGUUUGACAAGACAGGAAAAUUCCUCAAACACAUCACUACAGACAUGAAGAAGCCACAGGCUGUUGCCAUGGCAACACAGGGGCAGCUGGUGGUCACUGAUUUGUCAGAGAACUCUGUUCACAUUAUCCAUAGCUACUGAACAGCAACAUGGAAAAUUCCAUUGUUCAAUUAUAAUUGUUUGUUCAAUUGAGAGACCCAUCAGCUUUUCUUUGCAACUACCUGGUACAUGUACCAUCAAAAUAAAGAUGACUUACAACUUAUUUACUUCCUCUGCACUUAACACCACUAAUUCUAAACUCCUCGCAAUUCUGCUAGCUGCAAGUAAUCUCCAAGCAGA